ACAAGAAGAAAGAGCACAAGAACCAAGAAGAACACGUGUACAAGAAGAAAGAGCACAAGAUCCAAGAACACGUGUACAAGAAGAAAGAGCACAAGAUCCAAGAACACGUGUACAAGAAGAAAGAGCACAAGAACCAAGAAGGACACGAGUACAAGAAGAAAGAGCAUACGAACAAGGAAGAAAAGCACAAAAUCAAGAAAGUGAACGAAGGAGAGCAAGCAGGGAUGAGCCUGGAGCUCAGCAGCACGGGGACUCCACACAGGCUCUCCUAGCCCAUCUGGAAAGAAGUCAGCUGCCCAAGGCUGAGAUACCGAUAUUCACUGGAGACGUUACGAAGUACAGAUCUUUUAUACGUGCAUUCGACAGUCGGAUCUCCUCCAAAACUGAUGACGACGAAGAAAAGCUGUACUUUCUCGAGCAAUAUACAAGUGGUAAGCCACAGGACAUAAUCAGGGGCUGCCUGCACAUGACGACUGGAUCGGGCUACCUGGAAGCCAGGAGACUCCUUGAUCGGAGGUACGGAGACGAGGACUCAAUCACAAGUGCGUUUGUGGAUAUGCUUGUGGAGUGGCCACAAGUAAAACCAGGAGAUCUGGAAGGAAUGGAUCGUUUGUCACUGACGCUGAGGUCUUGCAACAACGUAAUGAGUGGAAUAUCACCCGGAGCAAGGGAGACAGACCACCCAAAGACCAUGCGGAAAAUCAUCGAGAAGCUGCCCUACAACCUGCAGGACCAGUGGCGCCGCCUAGCGGACCAUAUCCAUGAACAGGAGCACAGACGAGCGCGCUUUGAGGAUAUCGUCGACUUUGUCGAGAGAGAAGUAAGGAUCCAGACGAACCCGAUGUUUGGUCGUCAGCACAGUGUCAGCAGGACAAGAGAACAGGAAGGUCAGCGGAGAAAGGUUCAAACUGUAUCGGCAACAGUCAUCGAGCCAGGAGCUCAGCAGCGGCGGGGAUCGCUCAAGUGUUUGUUCUGUUCAAAGGCACAUUACCUCGACCAAUGUGAAGAGUUCAGAGGAAGGGCACCUCAUGAGAAGAGUGCCUUCGUCAGAGAGCAGGGACUUUGUUUUGGGUGCCUCUGCAAGGGUCAUCUGGUGAGGGAAUGUGCGAAAAGGAGAACCUGCUCAAUCUGCAGACUCCGUCAUCCAACAGCACUGCACAACGACAGACCACCGCCAGAGCACGGUGUUCGAAUCGUCUCUGACGGCCAUGCAGGUAGUGAAGUGCCGCAGAACCCGAGUCAAGUCGUAACAAAUGGCAGAGUGAAGCUGAGGAGCUCUUCCAAGACGUGUGCUGACUCGUCAUCUACUAUGAUGUCUAUCGUACCCGUGAAGAUGUGGACUGAUGGUGGCCAGAAAGUAGAGACGUACGCGUUUCUUGACGGAGGCAGUUCAGCGACGUUCUGCUCGGAGUCUUUGCUGAAGCAGAUCGGAGCUGUUGGCGAAAACGUUAAGCUCUCAAUGACUACCGCGUCAGUUGACAAUCAGCAAGUGGACAGUCGUGUGAUAAAGGGAGUCAAGAUAUCGGAUCUGGGUGGAAGUACGUGCAUUGCGAUGCCUCCGAUGUACACUCUCAGCACAAUUCCAGUGAAACUAGAAGACAUGGCGUCAAGCGAGGAUCUAAACCAGUGGGUUCACUUGCAGGGCAUUGAUUUGGCGCGGAUCGAUGCUGAAAUUGGUCUCCUGAUAGGUAGCAACUGUCCUCAGGCGCUCCAGCCGCUAGAGGUAAGACGAAGUGAAGAUGGUGGGCCGUUCGCGCUUCGGACUGAGUUAGGAUGGGUGGUGCAGGGCCCAAGACGCGUUUGUCAGAACGAGAACGACAGAGUAAGAGUGAAUCGUAUCAGGGUUGUCAACGAGAGCUCCGAUCUCCAUCGCAGUUUCAUGGCUUUGUACAACCAGGAUUUCGAAGACCAUGGUAGUUCUGUGGACGUCGGUCUGUCUAGAGAGGACCAGCAGUGGCUCAAGAAGGUGGAGACUGGAGUGCGCUUCAUCAACGGGCACUACGAGUUACCAGUCCCCCUCAGAGAUGAGCAGGUGUUUCCUAACAACAGACAGCAAGCAGAGCAGCGCGCCCAAGGUCUAAAGAAGCGGAUGCUGCGUGAUGAGAAGUAUCUGAGGGACUACAGCAGGUUCGUCAGUGAGCUGAUUGAGAAGGACUACGCGGAAAAGGUGUCCAGAGAGAGUUUGGACGCCUGCUGGGGUAGAACGUGGUAUAUUCCACACCACGGUGUCUACCACCCAGCGAAACCGGACAAAAUCAGAGUAGUUUAUGACUGCUCAGCGAGCUACCGAGGUGUGUCUCUCAACGAUCGACUGCUUCAGGGGCCCAACUUGACCAGCUCACUUAUCGGAGUGCUGCUGCGGUUCCGUCAGGAACCCUUCGCCAUCAUGGGAGAUGUUGAAAAGAUGUUCUACCAAGUUCGAGUUGCUGACAGAGACAGAAGUCUGCUACGAUUCCUCUGGUGGCCCGACGGAGACGUAUCUCGACAGUUGGAAGACUACCAAAUGAACGUUCACCUGUUUGGUGCGACGUCGUCGCCAUCCUGCGCGAACUUCGCGCUGCGAAGGACGGCUCAGGACUACGGAGGGCUGUAUCAACCGGAGGUAGCAAGGUGCAUACAGAGGAACUUCUACGUUGACGACUUUCUCAAGUCUGCGUCAACUGAGGACGAAGCAGCAGGGCUCGCGCUGGAAGUUCGUGAGUGCUGUGCCAGAGGAGGUUUCAGGUUAACGGGUUUUGUCAGCAACAGCUCAAGGGUGAUGUCAUGUCUCCCUGAAACAGAUCGUGCUCCGAGUCACAAAAUGGACCUCACUAAAGGUGUGCUGUCUCCGCAGAGAGCUCUAGGAGUACAGUGGGAUGUCGAUCAUGACACACUCAGCUUCAGAGUGGAGGUACAGCGUGGUCCAGCCUCGAGGAGAGGAAUCUUGUCCACUGUGAGUGCCAUGUACGACCCCUUGGGAUUUGGAGCUCCAUUUUUGUUGCCAGCAAAGGUGUUGCUUCAGGACCUGUGCAGAUUACAGCUGGGUUGGGAUGAUCCAAUUCCCUACUCUCAUCUCCAGCGGUGGAAUCAGUGGUGUGAAGAGCUUGCAGACCUUCGAGAUUUUUCCGUUCCGAGAAGCGUCGCCCCACUGCAUGGUGAGGCUCGGAGUCGCCAGCUGCACAUGUUCGCAGAUGCGAGUGAAGUCGGGUAUGGAGCAGUUGGGUACGUUCGAGUAGAAGACGCUGAGGGAAGGAUUACGACAUCCCUACUGAUGAGCAAGUGCCGUGUAGCCCCAUUGAAGACCUGCUCCAUCCCUCGCCUGGAGUUGACGGCUGCCGCUCUGGCAGUACAAUUGAGCACUCAAAUACUCUCCGAGACAGAUCUGCAUUUCGAUGAGGUGUGUUUUUGGACCGAUAGCGUCUCAACGCUCCGCUACAUACAGAACGUCACAUCUCGCUUCCAGACGUUCGUGGCCAACAAGUUAGCCGUCAUCCAUGAUGGCUCAAGUCCUAACCAGUGGCGAUACGUCCCUUCAGAGCUGAAUCCGGCAGACAGCUUAUCCCGUGGUCAGUCAGGACCAGCGUUUCUUGCAUCUCGCUGGGUUCUUGGCCCAGCGUUCCUCGAGAGCGCCGCCUGUGAAUGGCCGGAUCAGUCACAAGUCCAACAGCUUCAGGGCAGUACAGAGGAGCUUGAGAUCAAGAAAAGCGUAGUCAGCGCCACCACAGCUACAGAAGGUGAUGACUACACUGCACAGCUGCUGAACAGCACAAGUGACUGGUUCAAGCUGAAGAAACGUGUCGCAUGGGUGCUUCGGUGGAAGCAGCUGCUGCAGAAGAGAGUAGCCGGCAGGAAGGAGUCCGGUACACGUGAUGAAGAUCUUCUUUCACCUAGGCUGUCCGUACAAGAACUUGAGAUGGCAGAAGCUGCGAUUCUGAGACAUGUUCAAGAACAGGCGUUUCCUGAAGAAAUGUCCGGUUCAGUGAGGAAGUCGAGCCGUUUGUUCCGUCUGAAUCCUUGUGUGGUUGACGGAACUCUACGAGUCGGAGGACGGCUCGUAAACGCUCAGAUUCCAGACGCUGCAAAACAUCAGUUGAUUCUUCCCAAGAAUGGUCACGUCACUGACCUCAUUAUACGGGACAUGCACGAGAGAAAGGGACAUUCUGGAAGGGAAUAUGUCCUGGCUGAGUUGCGCCGAAGGUUCUGGAUUGUGUCUGGAAGCUCUGCAGUACGCAGAGUUCUGUCAAGAUGCGUUAGAUGUCGAAAGAUUCAGGGUUCGGUGGUGACACAGCAGAUGUCGAACCUACCGGAAGACAGAACGGCGCCAGAUAGUGGAGUUUUCAGUCGAGUUGGGACCGAUUAUUUUGGUCCGUUCUAUGUCAAGGUGGGACGAAAGCAGAUGAAGAGAUAUUGUGUGCUUUUCACGUGUCUCGCAACUCGGGCUAUUCACAUCGAGGUGUGCGAAACCCUAGAUACAAGCUCUUUCAUUAAUGCUCUUCGCAGAUUCCAGGCUCGGAGGGGUCAAGUGAAGUUUAUCAGGUCUGACAAUGGGACGAAUUUCACAGGCGCUGAGAGAGAGCUGAGAGAAGAAGUCCGUAAGCUGCGAGAGAAAAGCGUUCAUGACUGCUUACUGAAGGAGGGGAUCACGUGGAAGUUCACCCCUCCAGGUGCCUCAUCGCAAGGAGGUAUAUGGGAGAGACAAGUUCGGAGCAUCAGGAAAGUCCUGAAUGCGCUCCUCAGGGAGCAGACGAUGACUGACGAGUCGCUCCGCACGCUGCUAUGCGAAGUGGAGGCUGUGCUCAACAGUAGACCUCUAACGACGGUAUCAAGUGACCCAGCUGAUCUGCAGCCUCUCACCCCCAACGACCUGCUACUACUGCGUGGUGGUCCGGUGCCAGACGGCAUCUUCAGCGAGAGGGACAGCUGCUUUGGUCGAAGGUGGAAGCAGGUGCAAUAUCUCGCCGACCUGUUUUGGAAGCGUUGGGUAAAGGAAUACCUGCCACUUCUUCAGCAGCGCCAGAAGUGGGUCAGAACACGGAAGAACCUCUCUGUUGGUGACGUUGUUUUGGUCGUUGACGUGAACAGCCCGCGAUGUCGAUGGCCUCUCGGACGCGUAUUGGAGGUGUUUCCGGACGGCGAGGGUCUUGUGCGUUCCGCUAUGGUGAAAACGGCAAGCAGCGUCUUGAAGAGGCCGAUCUCGAAGUUAGUGUUUCUCAUGUAGAAUAAGUAAUGUGACGCACAUGGUGCGCACAUGGGGGCGGGUGUAGGCGGCGCCGCUGCGGCGCGCGGUGGAACGGGGGUGCUUGCUCCCAGUCGUGCGCCGCUCCGCUCAAGCCGGCUCGCUCUUCCCUCUGCCCCGGUUGCCUCCCCGCUCUGCCUGCCUGGAGAGCCGGGACGGCCGGGACUACCUCCCCUCGGUUUGCGAGUAGCAUCGCCCAUGGUCCUAGAGGUGGACAUUUUCGUAUGGCUUUUACUCUGUUUGUACUUGAUUUUGCUGUACUUUGCGUUUUUCCGUUGUAUCAUUUGUACUAUGUUGAUUGUCGUAAACGACCAAUUUGAAAUGUAUCGCGUGAUUAUUUGCUAGUUUGAAUAUUCGAUGGCUCAUUGUUCGUUGGCGUAUUGUUAGAAGGCAAUUUCUGCAAUACUUCUCAGUACUCGUUUGCUGUGUGACGUGCCACCCGGCUCUAUGCCCGGCCAUGAUUCUGGAUCAUUCGCGCUGAUGGCGGCAGAGGCGGUCGUGUCGUGUCUGUGUUUGCGCGAGCGAUGGUAAGUGGCUGAGCAGUUGUAUUUCACUAUGAUGCGUUAAAAUGUGUGAUCUGUUAGCUCGUAUAGAUAUUCUGUUGUCAAUUUCAUAUAAGACGUUUCAGCGCCAAUAUGAUUAAAACCGAGACUAUGAUAUUUUGCACUGAGGUAAACGACAAUGGACCUGACUGGUGUCUGGAUUCGUAGAUAUGGCGUCGGAGAUGUGAGGCUGGCUUGGGAGGAUGCCUCUGGAUGUAUGGACGUUAGCCGCGAAGCGACCCAGAAGGCACAUUUGUCGCAACGACUGUUACUCUCGAGAUCGUGUGGGCUAUCCACUCAGCUCACUCGGUCCAAUAAACGGUCCGUUAAGA